AUGGCCUUCACUACAAAUGCCACCAUCAACAGCUUCGGUGGACGCUUCCUCAAGCUGUCUCACAAGUCCGCCGUCACUGGAACUCCCAUGAACGCAACCCUUUACCUCCCCGGAUCCGCUUCAUCUUCCAAGCCCGCGCCUCUCCUCGUCUAUCUCUCUGGUCUCACAUGCACUCCCGACAACGUCACAGAGAAGGGCUUCCUCCACGCCCACGCCUCCAAGCUCGGCCUUGCCCUUCUCUACCCAGACACUUCUCCCCGCGAGACCGACCUGCCCGGUGAGCACGACUCAUACGAUUUCGGCAGCGGUGCUGGUUUCUACAUCGAUGCCAAGAAGGACCCCUACAGCCAGCACUACAAGAUGGAGACGUACAUCACCAAGGAGCUGCCUGAUCUCAUCUUCCAGGAGUUUAAGGAGGUUGACUCAUCACGUGUCUCCAUCUCUGGUCACUCAAUGGGUGGCCACGGUGCUCUGACUCUGUUCCUCAAGAACCCCGGCAUGUACAAGAGUGUCAGCGCUUGGGCUCCCAUCUCCAACCCUUCUCAGUGCCCCUGGGGUGAGAAGGCCUUCAAGGGCUACCUUGGCGAGGACAAGGAGGAGUGGAAGAAGCACGAUGCUACUGAGCUUAUUAAGAGCUGGAAGGGCAACUUCCCUGCUCUCAUCGAUGUGGGCACUGGUGACAACUUCUACAAGCAGAACCAGCUCCUCCCCGAGAACCUUGAGAAGGCUGUUAAGGAUGCCGGCAUCGACGGCAUGACCCUCCGAUACCAAGACGGCUACGAUCACUCUUACUUCUUCAUCUCUACCUUUGGUGAGGACCACGUCAAGCACGCUGCCAAGGCUCUCGGUCUCUUGUGA